UAUAGCAAAGAGAAUAAUAAGUACGUGCAUCCACGAUGGCUUCAACCCCUGGCGCUACUGCGUACUCCCGUCGCUUCGCGAUAUUUUCUUCGAUGCUAGUGCUCUUGUGCAUGUCCUGCCAUGCGCAGCUUUCCUCCACGUUUUACGAUGAGUCAUGCCCCAAUGCCCUCGCCGCAAUUCGGACUUCCAUCAGAACCGCAGUCUCGAGGGAGCGCCGGAUGGCUGCUUCUCUCAUCCGACUCCAUUUCCACGAUUGCUUCGUCCAGGGUUGUGACGCGUCGAUACUGCUGGAGAAUAGCCCCACCAUCUCUAGCGAGAGAGACGCAGGGCCGAAUAGAGGUUCCGUGAGAGGUUAUGAGGUGAUUGACGACGCCAAGUCGGAAGUGGAGAAGAUCUGUCCAGGAGUCGUGUCUUGUGCGGAUAUUGUUGCCGUUGCAGCUCGAGAUGCUUCUGUUGCCGUUGGCAGUCCUUCUUGGACGGUGAAGCUCGGAAGAAGAGACUCGACCACCGCAAGCCCAUCUCUCGCGUCAAGCGAUCUUCCAUCGUUUCAAGAUGGCCUUGAGAGACUCGUAUCUCGAUUUGCAGGCAAGGGCCUUAGUGCUAGAGACAUGGUUGCCCUCUCAGGUGCUCACACUCUAGGGCAAGCUCAGUGCUUCACGUUCAGGGACAGGAUCUACAGCAACGGCAGCAACAUCGACACGGGAUUCGCCAGCACCCGUAAGCGCCGGUGCCCGGCAAGCGGCGGCGAUGCCACUCUAGCACCACUGGAUUUGGUGACCCCCAAUUCAUUCGACAACAACUACUUCAAGAAUCUGAUGCAGAAGAAAGGCCUACUCGAGUCGGACCAAGUCCUUUUCAGCGGAGGUUCCACCGACAGCAUCGUCUCCGAUUACAGCAAGAAGCCCGCAAGCUUCAAGUCGGAUUUCGCGGCUGCCAUGAUUAAGAUGGGCGACAUAAGUCCGCUCACCGGUUCAAGUGGCCAGAUCAGGAGGAUUUGCAGUGCUCUAAAUUAACUAGUCCGAAAACUCAUCAAGAUUUCAUUUGUUCGAGUGCAAGUGUGAAUGUAAUUUUUGCCUUUAGCCAUUAUCUUAAAAUUCAUCAAGAUUUCAUAUGUUUUUGAGUGCUAAGUGUAAAUGUAAUUUUCGUCUUUAAUCUUUAUCUU